AUGGCUACAACCUCGGACAGCGACUUUCCUUGCUCGCUAACAGUUUACGUCCCGUUCCCAAGCCAUCGUCUGGCCAAGGCUGCUGCUCAAACCCUUUCCGUCGAUCCUGAGCUGUCGAAGUUGGUGACGAGGUCAUUCUCUCUCGUCAAGUCGUUACCCGAUAGCGCGACGGCCGUCCAAGGAGACACCUUCAAAGCAUCGCUGGUUGUCAACGCGGCGCCUACACAGCCGAUACAGGAGCCGUCUACAUCAGGACCUGUAGGCUCCCUGGAGAAUGGACAGAAAGAAGUGGAGGCGGAGAUGGAACCGACGAUCCUAAAGACGGAGUACAGCGCGACUACAAACCGAAUGCUUAGAGUCGCAGUCAAUGGGUUCUUCGACUCGCUGGGCACGGUGAUACAAGUUAUGGAAGAGCUGGACACAGAUGUCAUUCAUGAGAAGGGACUGGAGAGUUUGGAAGGUGCUCAAGGUGUGGAACAGGGCAUGACUGGUACCGCUGGCUGA